AUGCCUCCUCUCACCAUCUCCGACAUUGACACCCAGCGAGCAAAUUCUGGCCUGCUUUCCACAACAGUCGCUGGAUAUACAUCAUCGGAUUUAUUCAAAUCCUCAAACUCCAAUCGUCAUGCUGAAAGCAGAUCGUUACACCAUCGAUUGAGUGUCGAGAGUCGCAACUUCUUUGGCUCCGAACUCAAGAAGUCUUCCAAUCAGGUGUUUAAAACCCACAUGAUUCCCCUAGGUACUGGGCGACCAACCUCGGAAUUUUAUCCGUGGGACUCCGUCACAAUUUAUAAAACCCCGAUUCGCCGCGAAAUAAGCUCUGCCUGUAGUACUAACAAUGCUAAUAUGCUUCCCGAGUCUCGCACGAUUGCCAAGAAGGGAGGUGAUUAUGACAUUGCUAGAGGUCUCAACUACAGCCAUGCCGCUGGUUUGCCAGCAUUGCUCCGGUUCGUAACUGAGCAUGUAGAGCUUGUUCACAAUCCUCCAUAUAAGAACUGGGCUACAUGUCUCAGCUGCGGGUCGACAUCUGCGCUUGAAGUCGCUUUGCGGAUCUUCUGCAAUCGGGGAGACUCUAUUCUGACAGAAAGUUAUACGUAUCCUGGGGCUGUAGCAGUUGCACAUCUACUCGGCGUACAUACCAUUGGAAUUGAAAUGGACGCUUUCGGGCUAAUGCCUGAUUCCUUGGAGCGAACACUCCGCACUUGGGAUGAGUCUCGAGGACCUCGGCCUACGGUCCUCUACACGAUUCCAUCGGGACAAAAUCCAACAGGUGUAACCCAAUCACUGCAGCGAAAAAACGAUAUUUACCAAGUAGCGGAAGAUUAUGAUUUGGUUGUCAUCGAAGACGAUCCGUAUUACUUCCUUUGCAUGGAUCUAGGCCUUGAUACAGUCGAAAAGUUAAACAGUGCCGAUCGAGACGCCUUGGCCACAGCAUCAGGUUACCUUGCUAGUCUGCCUUCAUCUUUGCUAGCCCUUGACAUAUCUGGCCGUAUUGUCAGACUCGACUCGUUUUCCAAAAUCCUUACACCAGGACUUCGUGCUGGCUGGGUGACUGCCAGUGAUCAGAUCAUCGACAAGUUCAUUGCGUAUUACGAAGUUAGCACCGUGGCAGUAAGUGGGCCAACGCAAUUGAUGCUCUUGGAUCUUCUUGAUACCACCUGGGGUCAUCUCGGAUUCUUCUCCUGGUUGGACCAGCUGUCUAUACAAUAUCGCAGUCGACUGAGGAUCUUGCUCAACGCCUGUGACCAAUAUUUUCCGAAAGAAGUCUGCAAAUGGACACCGCCUCAGAAUGGAAUGUUUCUUUGGACAAGUCUCGAUUUAAGGAAACAUCCAAUCAUACUCUCUAGGGACCAGAAAGAACAUAAUUUAUCGCCUGCAGAUAACCCGGCUUGUGAUAUCGAGGCUAGGAUAUUAGCUAAAGCCUUGGAAAAGGGGGUCCAAAUCACUAUGGGUUCAUUGUUUAGUACAAAUCAGACCCCUAUAACCAAGGUUUAUUUUCGUAUGACAUUUGCAGCAGCAGAUGAAUCCGAAAUUGAAGUUGGUAUUGAGAAGGUUGCUAGUGUGAUCAGGGAGGAGUUUGCUAUAGACACAUUCUAUAAAGAGAUCAGGGAAGAGGGGUCAAGUUAA